AUGAGUUCUCUAUCCAAAGCUGAAAUCGAAGAUAUUCGAGAGGUUUUCGAUUUAUUCGAUUUCUGGGAUGGUCGAGAUGGUAUGAUUGACGCGGUUAAAGUUGGCGAUUUACUUCGAUGCAGUGGAAUAAAUCCGACCAUCGCGUUAACAGUCAAACAUGGUGCCACUCUGAAACAAGGUGAAAACAAUACAAAUUCGAUGAAUUCCUUCCUUGCUAUGAAGCUAUUCUUAAAGAGAAGGAAGUAG